CUAAAAUAACCGUGACUUUUUCUAGUGGCUUAGAUGAAUGUUUUUUAUAAUUACAGGAAACAUUAAGUCUCUUUUUUUAUUAUACAACAUAUAACCUGAAAAAUGGGAAAGAAGAAGGGUGGAAAAAGAAAGGACGAUUACUGGGAUGAAGCCUUUGAAGAAGACGCUGUUGCCACUGGUGCCGCAGCGGCUCCUGACGAAACCGAAGAAAACUUUGCUCAAAGAGCUACGGCUUUUAGUGUUCUUGCCGGUGAGGACGAAGAAGACGAUGGUUUAAUGGCCAUGGUCAACAAAGCUGCUAAAAAUAAAGUUAAGAAGCAAAAGAAGAAGAAGCAGCAAUUGGUCGACGAAGACGAAGAAGAACAGGGAGUACCUGCUGCAGAAGAACCAGCUUCUGCUCCAGUUGCCGAACCUGUUGACGAAGUCGAUGAGUUUGACUGGGUGAAUGACAACAAGAAGAAUAAAAAGAACAAAAAGCCAAACAAACAAACAGAACCUGCAGCCGAAGCAGCAGAAGAACAAGCUGCACCCGAAGGUGAAAUCCGUAUUUUGACCAAAAAGGAAAAGGAGCGAUUAAAGAAGGAAAAGCAAAAGGAAGCCAAACGUUUGGCUGCUCUCGAAAAGAAAAAGCAACAAGAAGCUGAAGAGGCCGAGUUUAACAAACUUUUAGGUCUCGAUGAUAAAAAGGAAGAGCCUACUGCUCCUGAAUCUCAACAGACGACCGAAGCUCCAGCUAAAUCAAAGAAACAACUUCUCAAGGAAAAGAAGGCCAAGAAGCUUGCUGCUAAAGAAACUGCAACUGAAAGCCCUGAAGCACCUGUUGAAGAACCUGCUCCUGCACCCGCUCCCACACCGGCCAAGGGUAAAAAGGGUAAGGGUGCGCCUGUUGCUGCUUUGAGAAAAAUGAUUGAAGCCCAGCGUGCUGCUGAGGAAGCAGAACGCAAGCGUCUAGAGGAAGAGCGUAAGCGUAUUGAAGAGGAAGAAAGAAAGCGUGAGGAAGAAGAAAGAAAACGUGAAGAGGCUCGUGCUGCAAAGAGAGAGAAGGAAAGACUCAAGAGAGAACAACUUCGUAAGGAAGGCAAACUCUUGACGAAAGCACAAAAAGAAGCUCAGCGAUUGGCGCAACUUCGUCAUCAGCAAUUGCUUGCCUCUGGUCACGUUCGUGUUCAAGCUUUAGAGGAUAACGAUCAAAAGCCCAAGAAGCCAGUAUAUGGAAACCGUAAGAAGAAGGUUGUCAGCAAGGAAGAGCAGGAACGUAGACAGCAAGAAGCUGAACAAAAACGCUUAGAAGAAGAGAAGAAGCGUAAAGAAGAGGAGGAGGCCAAGAAGGUUGCUGAAGCUGCUGCUGCUGCUGAAGAAGAGCCUGAAGAUGAAGAUGAUUGGGAGAAUGCAGUUGUCAGCAGUGAUGAAGAAGAAAAGGCACCAAAGAAGGAAAGCGAAGAAGACUUGAAGAGCGAUUGGGAUGCUUCUAGCGAUGAAGAAGAGAAACCUACUCCUGCUGCUAAACCUGCUGCUCCUGCCAAGACUGCCGAAAAGGCUGCUCCUGCUAAACCUGCUCCUGCUAAAGCUGCCCCUGCAAAGGCUGCCAAGAAGGAAGAAUCCGAAAGCGAAUCUGAAGAAGAUGACUCUGACGACUAUGACUCUGAGGAUGAUUCCGAUUACAGCAGUUCUGAUGACGAGCAACUUACUGCCACACAACGUCUUGCCCUUCAAAAGAAAGAAGAAGCCGCUGCCCGUCGUCUUCAACGUCAAAAGGAAGCCAUGGCUAACCGUUCACAGGACGACUUGCGUUCACCUAUCUGUGUCAUUCUUGGUCACGUAGAUACCGGUAAAACCAAGUUGUUGGAUAAGAUUCGUCAGACCAAUGUGCAAGAAGGCGAAGCUGGUGGUAUUACUCAACAGAUUGGUGCCACUUAUUUCCCUGCUGAAGCUAUUGAAAAGAAAACUGCUGUUCUUGGUGACAAACGUGUUGACAAGAUGAAGGUUCCUGGUCUCUUGGUCAUUGAUACCCCUGGUCACGAAUCUUUCACCAAUUUGAGAAGCAGAGGUAGCUCUCUCUGUAACAUUGCUAUUCUGGUUGUAGAUAUCAUGCACGGUCUUGAACCUCAAACUCUUGAAUCUAUUCGUUUGCUUCGUGAUCGAAAGACUCCCUUCAUUGUAGCAUUGAACAAGAUCGAUCGUCUCUUCCAGUGGGAAGCUACUCCUGACAAUUCCUUCCUUGACUCUCUCGAAAAGCAAAAGCCUUCCGUCAAGCAAGAAUUUGAAACUCGUGUUCAACAAACCAUUGUCGCCUUUGCUGAACAAGGUCUUAAUGCUCAACUUUACUAUAAGAACAAGAACUUUGCCAAAUAUGUCUCUUUGGUUCCUACCUCUGCUCAUACAGGUGAAGGUAUUCCCGAUAUGCUCAAUUUGCUUAUCCACUUGACACAGACUCGUAUGAGCGACAAGCUGAUGUAUGUCACCGAACUUGAAUGUACCGUUCUUGAAGUUAAGGUGAUCGAAGGUUUGGGUACAACCAUUGAUGUUGUCCUUGUCAACGGCUGGUUGCAUGAAGGAGAUCGUAUCGUUGUCUGUGGUCUAAAUGGUCCAAUUGUCACCCAGAUUCGAGCACUGCUGACACCUCAACCAAUGAGAGAAUUGCGUGUCAAGUCUCAAUAUAUCCAUCACAAAUCCGUCAAGGCUGCCCUUGGUAUCAAGAUUGCAGCUCCUGAUCUUGAAAAGGCCAUUGCUGGUUCCCGUCUGCUAGUUGUUGGUCCUGAUGAUGAUGAAGAUGACUUGAAGGAAGAAGUGAUGUCUGAUCUGACCAACUUGAUGAGCUCCAUUGACCGUACUGGUCACGGUGUUUGGGUCCAAGCAUCCACCUUGGGUGCUUUAGAAGCCCUGUUAGAAUUUUUGAGAACAAGUAAUAUCCCAGUGUCAGGUAUCAACAUUGGUCCUGUGCAUAGGAAGGAUGUUGUCAAGGCUAGUGUUAUGUUGGAAAAGGCACGAGAGUAUGCAGUGAUGCUGUGUUUCGAUGUCAAGGUUGAUAAAGAUGCCGAAGAUCUUGCCGAAGAAUUGGGUAUCAAGGUCUUUACUGCUGAUAUUAUUUACCAUCUCUUCGAUCGCUUCCAAGAACAUUUUGCUCAAAUUGCUGAACAGAAACGUAAGGAUCAAGCUGAUCAAGUUGUAUUCCCUUGUGUACUGAAGAUGGUGCCUCGUGCUAUUUACAUGAAGCGUGACCCCAUCAUCAUGGGUGUGGACGUUAUGGAAGGCUCACUUCGUAUUGGUACUCCCAUCUGUGUAGUGAAAACAAACCCAGAGACACAGGCUAGAGAAAUCAUUACACUUGGUAAAGUUACAUCUAUGGAGCAGAACCAUAGACCUGUUGAAGUGGUGAGAAAGGGACAAGCUGGCGCAGGCGUUGCUAUCAAGGUUGAAUGCCCAUCUUACGAGACACCCAAGGCAUACGGUCGUCACUUUGACGAUAAUGAUGAAUUCUACUCAAAGGUGACUCGUCAAUCUAUUGAUAUUUUGAAAGAGUCAUUCAGAAAUGAUAUGUCAAAAGAAGAAUGGGCUUUAGUAGUUAAGCUUAAGAAGAUUUUGGGUGUUGACUAAGAAAGUACAAUGUAAAAUAAUCAAGAAAUGAUUAUUUUGAUUAAUUUAAAAGAAGAAUAAAAAAAAAAAAAUAUAGCCAUUG